GGAGAAAUUCAAAUUUCCAUUUCAGAUACUAAUUUGAGUGUGAGAGAGAGAGGGAUUGAAUGGCGUUGAGAUACGGCCAUGUUCGUCCCAUCAUCACCUCCAUAACUACUCUGCAAUUCCCUCAUUUCUCCACAAUCCGACUUCUCUCUUCCGACCCAGAAGGAGACUUUCAAUAUUGGCCCCCAAAACCGUCAUUACCUUCACUGGAACCUUCAAACGACGCCGAAUUAGUCUCCCAUAUCCUUCUUCAACACCACAACCCAUUCCACACCAUGGAAUCUUCUCUUCAACUCAAUGGCAUCAUCCUCACACCACACCUCGUACAUCAAACCCUACUCCGCCUCAAAAACGUUUCCAAAAUUGCUCUCUCCUUCUUCACCUGGACCAAGCAGCAACCUUAUUUUCACCACGACGCUGUUUCUUACAACCUCCUCAUCGACAUCCUCGGCAAAGUUCGCCAGUUCGACGUCGUUUGGCAAUUAAUAGUUGAAAUGGACCAGAAAAAGAUCAAACCCACCACAACCACCUUCUUAAUUCUGAUCCGGAGGUUGAUUUCCGCCGGCUUUACCCGCCAAGCCAUCCGUGCAUUUGAUGAUAUGGAAUGUUUUACCGAAAAGCAAGUGGAGAGGAAUGAUUUCUGUUAUCUUUUGGAUACCCUGUGUAAAUAUGGAUAUGCAAAAGUGGCUAUGGAGAUUUUCAAUAAAAGGAAAUGGAGCUUCCAUGUGGAUGCCCAAAUGUAUACUAUUUUGAUAUAUGGGUGUUAUAAAACAAAUAGAAGGAAAAUGGCUGAGAGGUUUUUCGAAGAGAUGGUGAACAAGGGGAUUGUGCCCAAUGUUGUUACUUACAAUGUGAUGCUAAAUGGGAUCUGUAGGAGGGCUAGUUUGCAUCCGGAGGAGAGGUUCGAGAGGACAAUUAGAGAUGCAGAGAAGAUGUUUGGUGAAAUGCGGGAGAGAGGGGUAGAGCCAGAUGUGACUAGUUAUUCUGUUUUGCUUCAUGUUUAUAGUCGGAGCCAUAAACCAGAGUUAACACUUAGUAAGUUGAAGGAGAUGAUGGACAAAGGGAUAUACCCAACUGUGGCCACAUAUACCUCCGUUGUCAAGUGUCUUUGUUCUUGUGGGAGGCUUGAAGAUGCUGAGGCGUUGUUAAAUGCGAUGGUGGGUAAUGGGGUUAGUCCAUCGGCUGCUACUUAUAACUGUUUCUUUAAGGAGUACAGGGGAAGGAAGGAUGUGGAUAAUGCUCUGAAGUUGUAUAGGAAAAUGAAGGAAGAGUCUCCAUUUUUGCCAAGUAUGCACACGUACAACAUAUUGGUGGGGAUGUUUGUGAAGUUGAAUCGUAUGGAGAUUGUGAAAGAAAUUUGGGAUGACAUGAAGGCCAUUAGCGCUGGACCGGAUUUGGAUUCAUACACGUUGCUGAUUCAUGGACUGUGCGACAAACACAAGUGGAGAGAGGCUUGCCAGUUUUUCGUGGAGAUGAUAGAAAAUGGAAUCCUUCCUCAGAAGGUAACUUUUGAGACGCUAUAUCGUGGCUUAAUACAGUCUGAUAUGUUGAGAACUUGGAGAAGGUUGAAGAAAAAACUUGAGGAAGAAUCCAGAACCUUCAGUUCCGAAUUCGAACAUUAUCACUUGAAGCCCUACACGAGAUGAUACAUAUAUAUUGUUGCAUUGCACCAGUCAACUAAAGUUUUAUCCAAUGAGCUAUUAUCUGAAGUUCUUUUUUUAAGUUUGAAUAGGUAAACAUUAUGAGAGAUACUGUAAAUGUUUUAUUAGAUCAUCUUUGGUCUUUACCCAAACCCUUAUUUUGAUUUGAUAUAGACCUCUCUCUAACGGACAAACCCUUUUUUGUACUCAAAUUUUUUUAAGAAAGGGAUGCAUGAUGACUUGCUAUAUUAAGUUGUAUUAGAAGAGAAUAUGUCAUAUUUUGUGUUGGC